AUGGAGCAGCCAAUAUUGAAGCAGAAGAGAUCAGAAAUAAUAAAAACCAGAAAAAUUAAAAAGCCAAAAGGUACAAAAAAGAAAGAUUUUUCAAAUAGUAAGUAUAAAAGAGCAUAUGAAAACUAUACUCCAUGGAAUAAGCUGCGAGUUAACUAUCACAAUAAUGAUUGAAAUAGCAGCAUGGACUGAGGGUACCGUAAGAGUCAAUAUAUUAGGACAGGAGGCUAUAAUGCAAAGAAAACCACAAAAUUGCUUGGCGAAAUAAAAGAAAAAAAUAAAACUCUUGAAAAAUUUUAUGAGAUUCUUGAUAAAAGGCAUUCCAAUAUAACAUCAAUAGUUCCUAACAAAAAAUUUGAUUUUUCUAAAUAUUUGAAACAAUAUUUGAAUUCUUCAGCUAUGAAAAACGUUAACCAUGCAAUUCAUUUAUGCACUUUAACAGAUUUUUAA